AUGUCAACAACCGAAAAUCAACAAGCAACCAUUGAAAAUAACCAAUCAUUGGAAACAGAAAAUAAUAAUAAUAAUAAUGAUGAAACUUGUAAAAAAAGAACCUUAGAAGAAACUGAAAAUAAAAAUAAAAACUUUGUUAAUAAAAAAUUAAGAAAAGAACAAAAAAAAAAAGAAACAAAAGAAAACAAAAAACAAAAAACAUUAAAUAAUCAAGAAAAUAAAAAAGAAAAUGUAGAUAAAAAAGAUGAACAAGAAGAAGCCACUACAGAUCCAAAUGAUUAUGAUGAAAAGAAAGUAAUUUUCAAAGGUAAAUUUAAAUCAUGGAAAAAACAUAGCAGAUUAUUCGCAACUGAUGAAGUUGUAAAAGGUUUAUUAGUUUGUUGUGACUCAAUGAGAGAGGCAAAUAGUAUUGGUGAAAUGUUACCAUUACUAAAUAUCUUUGCAGAUAAAUAUUUCCCAAAAGAAGAGAAAGAAGAAGAAAUGAAGACAGAAAAAGUGAAUUCAUAUUAUGGUACAAAUGAACAAAAACAAGAGGGUACAACAGAUGUUGAACCAUCAGAAUUAAAGAAAAGAAAAAGAUUUGAAUUAAUUAAUUCAGGUUGUGGUGGUAUCUAUUUCAUUAGUAUUCCAAUUGAAAAUGUUGAUCCAAUUGAUUUUAUGAAUUGUAUAUUUGUUGAUAUUUAUAAACGUCAAAUGGUAAAAAAGAAUCUUUCAACUGAUUUCAUAGAUAAUGAUAUCAUUAAAAACUUUCCAGAAUCAACUAAAAAAAUGUUAGAAAAUGCAAAUCAAUCCAUUUUCAUAGCAGAUAAAGUUUUAAAUAGAGUAAUUUUUACAAGUAAAGUGUUACCAAUUUUAAGAACAUUCCGUGCAUCAGAAGUUGAUAUGUACCCAAUUAUGAGAGAAGUGAUUAAAGAGAAUUUUAAGAAUGCUCAAGGUAAGACUUUUGCAAUUGAAUUGAGAAGUAGAAAUAAUAGUUCAUUAGAAAAGAAUAAAGUUAUUAAAGAUAUUGCUGAAAUGGUUGAUCCAAGUAUUAAAGUAGAUCUUUCAAAUCCUGAUCUUGUCAUUGUCAUUGAGAUUAUAAAAUCAUCUGUUGUAACCUCCGUAAUUCCACAAUAUAAAAAAUUAUUUAAAUUAAAUCUUAGAGAAGUUAUCAAAUGUGAAUUAGAUAGAAAACCAUCUCAAUCAAAACAACAAUUAAAAGAUGAAAAAAAACAACAAUUAAUUAAAAAACAAGAACAAUAUUUAAAAGAAAAAGAAGAAAAAGAAAAAGAAAAAGAAAAAGAUCAACAACAAAAACAAGAAGAAGAGGAAGGUAACUUAAAAACUGAAACUGAUAAAAAUAAUGAAAAUAAAUAA